AUGCCGGAUGCUGCCUGCCACUGCUUUUGGAGCAGUUUUGACAAUUUUGGCCUGUCAGGGGCUGCAGAGGGCCAGAGAGGGUGCGGGGGGCGCUGCGCGGAGGAGGCCAGGCGGAGAAGAAAGGGAGCCCCCGGGGAGGGGGCGGCCCCGGCCCGCCCCGGCCCGCCCGCCCCGCCGCCUAUUGGCCCCGCGCCGCUAUAUCUGGGCGCCCACCCGGCGCGAGGCCACCGCCAUCCGAACCGUGUCCGCGCCGCCGUGCACCCGCCCGUCCCGGUCCCGAAGUGCCCGCCGCCCGCCCUCCGCGCUCCCGCGCUUCGUUCCGCCAGGCCGCGCCCAGCUGGAAUGCAGAGAUCGCCGCCCGGCUACGGCGCACAGGACGACCCGCCAGCCCGACGCGACUCUCUGGGCGCGGAGUUCGACGGCCUGGGGCUGCCCACGCCCGAGCGCUCGCCGCUAGACGGCCUGGAACCCGGCGAGGCCGCCUUCUUCCCGCCCCCGGCGGCGCCCGAGGACUGCGCGCUGCGGCCCUUCCGCGCGCCCUACGCCGCCGCCGAGUUGCCUCGGGACCCCGGAGGCUGCUACGGAGCACCCCUGGCCGAGGCUCUCAGGACCGCGCCUGGCCCUGCCGGGCCGCUCUCCGGCCUCUACUACGGCGCCCUGGGCGCGCCCGGCCCGGGCCCGUUCCCUGGCCCGCUGUCGCCGCCGCCCGAAGCCCCGCCGCUGGAGGGCGCAGAGCCGUUGGGGCCCGCCGCCGACUUGUGGGCCGAUGUGGACCUCACCGAGUUCGACCAGUACCUCAACUGCGGCCGGACUCGGCCCGACGCCGCCGGGCUCCCGUACCACGUGGCGCUGGCCAAGCUGGGCCCGCGCGCCAUGUCCUGCCCGGAGGAGAGCAGCUUGAUCGCCGCGCUGUCCGACGCCAGCAGCGCUGUGUACUACAGCGCGUGCAUCUCCGGCUAGGACGCCGCCCGCCCGCCCGCCCGCGCUUCGCAGCCGCAUCGCUGUGCCUCGCUGCUUUGUCGCUGUCGCAAGUGUAUGUUGCAGCCACUUGUAACAGUCCGGUAGGAACCGCAACGCUCGCGCUCUGCCCCUGGCCCGCGGGCGCCCUGCCCCUGGCCCGCGGGCGCCCUGCGAGGGUGGUUCCCGCGCGUCCCGGCUUUCCCAGGAAGCCCAGGCCUGGGACCUGUUGGCUGGCCCUGCCAGGGCUAAGUUUUUGAAGCGCCUAAGCCUUAUCCCGUUCCUGCAGUGCACUUCCUAGAAGCAGGCUGUAUUUUUUACUUUGCCUUUUUUAUAUACAUAAUACAAUAUAUUUAAUUUUUAAUUAAACUUGCAAACGUUUUCGUCGAAGAGGUUUCAGUGAUCAAAAGCAUCAAUGUAGCAAGGGCUUUUUAAGUAUGAGGAACGACAAUGUCUGUUUGCUGUAAAGGAGGACCCUGGAGCUGGGUCCCCUGGACCAGGUGAGGCCACAA